AUGCUCACACCCGUCCUAUUAUUGCCGGGAACUGCUGUCCUAUCUUGCACCUCACAUUCAUUCGUGGACUGUUGGGCUCGAGUCAACCGCUCAAAGAAAACCACUUGA